ACAAACGUAUAUUUUCAUCCAAAUCGUGCAGAAAUUAAUCUGCAUUUUUCAUCAAAAUUAAAGGCUAAAACGCCUCUAAAAGUGCUUAAUCAAACAUCAUCAGGCUAUUUGAAGCCUCGGCUACAAGAAUCAACUAUUUUCAGCUUCAUUAUCGUCGUUUUAAUCCAACAAAUUGAUUGAAAAUUUCGAAGACGAAAUUUUUCAAUUUUUUCAUAUAAAGAAUCAAACAUGGCUUUCUAAAACAAUGUCUCAAUUAAAUAUUAUAAACUAUCAACAUUGUGAGCUUGUCUCCGUCGGAGAAGCAGAUAUAACAUCGUCUUUAUUUACUUAUUAUUUUAAGUUUAAUAUUAUCAAUUUUAUCAAUGGAAAAGAAACGGAAUCAAAAUGCCCGAAGUGGGCCAAUGACAUCUGAUUUUUGCAGCAAGAAAACGACUCAAGAUGUAUCAACCAAACAACAUUUUCGUCGACGCAAAGAAUCAUUUCAAUCAGAAUACAGUAAUAACAGCAACAACAACAAACCACAAUCGUACAAUAAUAAAACUCGUAACAAUGGUAAUAAUAAUAAUGGGAAUUUCUACUAUGAUAAACGUCCGCCACGUAAGAACGGAAGUGUUCAAGAUGAAAGAAAUGCUAGCGAGACCUCCGGAUUGAUGCAAGACGAUUUCGAACUUAAUUCGGUGUUUAAUCCUGGAAGCAAGAAGCAAAACUUAAAUCACUUGUUAAACUUCCAUAAAUAUACAAAGGAGUCUGAAGAUUAUCGUGGUGCAUUUACGAAGCAUGGCUAUAGACAUCGUGUGGCGUCUAAAAAGUACAAUUAUCGCAAGGAACAAUAUUUGCAAGCAAAUUGUCAAUUUAUUGUUAAAGAAGAUGUCAAAUACGAUUAUAAGCCAUUUAGUAACUCGCCAGAUACCUUAGUUGAAUGGGAUCAAGUUGUCAAAGUCCUUAUUUCCAGCUGUGAGGAAAUUCAAUGUCCAAUAUGCUUAUAUUCACCAAAAGCAGCAAAGAUGACUAAAUGUGGACACAUUUAUUGCUUUUCAUGUAUGCUUCACUAUCUAUCAUUAUCGGAUAAAGAAUGGCGCAAGUGUCCAAUAUGCUACGAAAGUGUCUAUUUAAGCGAUUUAAAAUCAACAACAUCAAAGCAUAAUCAUGUUUCAUACAAGGUCGGUGACACAAUAACUAUGGAACUAAUGAAGCGCGAAAAGGGAUCACUUUUUGUCAAUAAAGCUAAUGAGAUUCGCAACAUCAUUGAGUUUCCAAGCUUUACAGACAUUAAAGAUUCAUUCACAUUUUCAAAGCUGAUUUUGGCAAAUAAGAAUGAGAUUUUGAAAGUUAUUGAGCAGGAAAAAUAUGAACUAGACUUCCAAAUCGCUGAAGAUGGCAUCGAUUGUCCGGAAUCAAUAUUCGUACAUCAAGCACUUGACUUAUUGAAUGCAAAGCAACAAGAAAUUGAAAGAGAAUUGGAAAAUCAACAACAACAAUGUGCAAAUUUCCAUAAUAGCAAGAUGCAACAGUCACUUGAAAGUUCAAAAUCCUCGCAAAACAAUGCAGCGAGCGAGCCAAUGUUCGAUUUAAUGUCUAACGGAUCAACAGAUGAUAUAGAAUUUUCCAACGAAUCGGUCAUUGACGAAGAUUGCGAUUUGACAGUGAACGACAUAGAUAUUGUAUCUGAGCCAUCGACUGUCCAAUCUAAACAUUUUUACUAUUAUCAAGCGCCAAAUUCGCAAAAUGUCUUCUUACACUCUGUCAACAGUAAAAUGCUUCAAUUGAUGUAUGGCAGCUUGCAGGAUUGUCCACAAGAUAUUCGUGGAAAAAUCGUUCAGAUAGAAUGUUGCACUAUGAAUGAAGAUUUAAGGAAGAGAUUGAAAUAUCUACAGCAUUUGCCUGUAUCAUCUGUUUUUGAAGUUGUUGAGAUUGAGUUUGAUCACGGAAUCAUUUCCAGAGAUGUCAAUAAUCUUUUUAAAGAUGAGUUAUUCAUACGCCGUAAGAAGCGCCAGUUUCGUGAAAAGCAAGAAAAGAAACGUGAAAAGGUCAUUAAUGAGAUCAAUGAUCGACAAAUGGGAAAGAUGUUGAAAAGUGCAUCGGCAAACAUUGAUAUUUGCUCAACUGCUCAGUUCCCUGAAUGUGGUAUUUUAAAUGAUAUGCCAGCAUUAACAUCAAAUGCAAAUGAUCCGCAAAUGCCAUCGUCAUCGAAGAGUCUUCCUUCAUUCGCGAAUAUGCUUACAUCCCCAACGGUGCGUGAUUCUCAAAAACUCUGGCCAUCACUUGCAUCAGGCAAACCAUCAACCUCAAACAACAACAGUCAAAGUAAUUCGUUUUUUGGCGAUAAAAAGAUAAUUCAUGCUGCUGGAAGUAAGGCAAUGGCAGUGACUUCAAAUGAUACUAAAAUGGGCGAGAAGGAAGAUGAAGAUGAUUAUGAUGAUAGUGAUGUUGAAUGUAAAGCGCCUGUUUAUAAGAAUAACUUGAGUGAUGCAUUAGCUAAUGCUCUUAAAUCAGCAACGAUUAAUGAAGUGAAGAUUCAUACUGGAAAGAAGAAGAAGUCAAAGAAAACGCUCAUUUUCUCUUCUGGCAUGAACUUUAAUUAAAAUAAUUAUUCUUUUCUUUUGUGGAAUAUUUCUAAUUGUUUAUUGCUUAUUUUUUGGAAUUCCUUUAGUGCUGUCGGAGGGUAGAGUGAGAUGUUUGAUUAUAUCGAGCUAUAUGAAGGCUAUUCUGCCAUUUUGAGAGAUUAAAGCUUCUGUUUUCAAUUAGAUAGGCAUCAGACUGUUCUGAUACCUUUGGUUCGAUUUCAACUAGAGCCUGAUCUCUCAAUCUAUUACAUAUAGUGCUGUCGAUAUGAACAAGAUCCACACAAUGCUCACGACUUCACAUACCUUUAUUAUUAUUAUUUUUUUCACUAACAUGUCUUAAUGAUUUCACUACAAACUAUCAUAAAAACUGAAUAACAUCCUUUAUGUCUCAUAAUUCAUAUUUUUGGUUCGAUAAUAUUUCUCUUAAAAACAUCAAUAAGUAAAAGUUGUUCAAAAUUCAGAAAAAAAGUCUUCUAACAUUAUUAUUAUUAAUAUUAUUAUUAUUGUAAUAUGAACAUCAAGAAUAUUGGUUAAUAAAAUAGCAUGAAGUAGACGAGAAUCAAUCUCAAUGCCAUUUUCAUUCCUUCUUUUUAUUCUUACAUGAUUGUGCAAUAAACUGGUUCCCGAAUUGAUGUUUCUGGUGCAGAUUCACCCUUCAUCUCGCGGUUUUUGAGUUCUAAAUAGCUGUUUUCAUAUCGCUUGGAGAUGUAUUCUGGCAAUGGCUUAUUCCAAUCUUCUGGCGGUUGCUUCCUCUUCCUCCAAACAUCGUUGUCUGUGUGACCUUUCAUUCGUUCUGAUCGUCUAUCAUCCUCAUUGUCAAUUACACGUUUUCCAGCACUGUAAUCACCUUUAUCCUCAAAAUUGAUACAAUCAUUUAAGUCAUGUGCCCAACUUGAACAAUCCAAAAUGUCACCAGUCACGAAAUAUUGCUGGAAUCGUGCCUUUAUGCUCUUGCAAUCCUUGUAUUCUUC